AUGUUGUGGCCAGAGGAGCUGCCUGCCUUGUCAGAUGAGGACCUGCUUGACUUCCUCCUGAAGGAUGAUGUUCCCUGCCCUGAAAUCCCACAGGAUGAGAAUGGUCUGCUGGAAGACUGGAGCCUGCCAGAGGCUGAGCUCCUGGACAAGGAGGUGGAUGACUUCAUCAGCUCCAUUCUGAGGCCCUUUGAAGGCAAAUCAGACAUGCCGCAGGGUUAUUUACCUGCUGGGAGUGACAGCAGCGUUUCUGAGGUUCAGCAUCAGGCCUAUAGCCCUGGCACUAACUUUGCCAGCAGCCUAUGGAGCUCAGACGUUGUGCAGGUUGAUCACAACUAUUCCGUCCAUCAGAAUUGUCCUGCGCUGAGAAGUGUGAGGUCCGACAUAGAAGAAGGAGACAUUGCCAUUGACCUUGUGACACGGACAGGUUUGGAAGGAAGGAGCAAGGAACUGGAACAGAGAUGCAGUUUGCCCAUUGCUGUGGAUGCUGGACCCCAUCUUGUGCCUGGAGCCAACACACAGUCCGACUUGCCAGAGCUGUUCCUGACAGAGGAGGAGAUGCAGUUCCUGGAGAAAGAAGGUUUUCCAUUAUCAACCUCUGUGCUGCUGACUGAAAAUGAAGAUCGGGUUCUGAAGAAAGUGGAUCGGAAGUUUCGGCGCAAGGUUUUAGCCCAGGAUAAUCAUCACGGGAAUAAGAUCUACAUGGGUGGCCUGGAAAACAGGGUGGCAGCCCGCCCAGCUCAGAACAACGACCUGGAGAAGGAGGUGCAGCUGCUGCAGAAGGAGAACAUGUCACUGCUCAAGCAGCUGCAGGCACUGCAGUCCUUGUCCACCAACAAAACUGUUCGAGCAAAAACCUUCAUUGUGGCCAUUAUUCUGUCCUUCUGCCUCAUUUUCUCCUCCAGCAUCUGCUCAUUUGUGAGCAGAGAGCCACAGUGGGGGCUCAGAGUGCUGUCGCGACAAAUCCGUGAGCUCCCAAACCAG